AUGGAGCCCAACCUCCCCGCCGAACCGCCUCUAGAGGCCGAGAUCCUGCACAUUGACACACCCCGGAUGCAGUAUCGCAAUCGCCCCGUCUCGGUCGCUGUCGAUCCCGUUUCCCUCGUCAUCUCCGAAUGUAUAUCCAUCACCUCGGCCAUCCAGAAGCAUGCUCGCUCACCACACUCCUCUGUCUCCGCCAUUCUCGGUGGCAAUCCCAAUCCCAUCAACCUGGGCGCGCCGAGCUCCAGCUCCAAACCCAGGCGCAAAUCGCAAGCGGGAGGGGCUGGCUCUGACACUCAGGACCUCACAAUAAACACGAGAUGGGGCCUUCGCGGGCAAAAGGGCAAGAGCAUGCAGGACGACCCCAUGAUUUCUGGGUUUGGCGCUUUGCGUCAUGAUAUUGCAGGCGUCAAAGACAUUCGCUCAUUUGAUGCGCCCGCACUUCUAGCCCCAUUUCUUCUUGUCAUCCAGGCAAAGGGUACUGCGGCGCCCAUCACGAUCCUCGCCCUCGGAGCGCUCCGAAAAUUCCUGGCCUACGGCUUCGUCUGCUCCAGUUCGCCGCGGUUUGCGCUUGCUAUGCAGUCGCUCUCUUCUGCUGUAACGCACUGCCAGUUUGACGUCAGCGAUUCGGCGCAAGGAGAAGUUGUUCUUCUCAUGAUUCUCAACCUCAUGGAGGACAUGAUGUCCGGCCCCGGCGGCGACAUCCUGAGUGACGAGAGCGUCUGCGACAUGAUGGGCCGUGGCUUAGCCAUUUGCUCCCAACCGCGCUUUUCCCCUGUUCUACGCAGGACUGCUGAGGCUGCUAUGGUUCGCAUGUGUCAGAUCAUCUUUGAGGAUGUAAAACACCUCGAUGUUGCACUUAGCGAAGAUGCAGACAUCCUGGAUCAAAAAGACGACAAUUUGCAUAUGGAGACACAUGCGUCCGUCGCUACUCCUGAACAGCGCGACUCAACAUCAACAUCAACACCGAUUCCCGAGGAAACCGAGAAGCAGCCUGACGCGACCGAAUCUGAAGAGAAUCAUGAUACUCCUGCCGUCGAACCUAAAGACGACGACGAGAGCGAGGCUAGCGAUGACUCGGAAUCAGUUGAUCUGAAACCAUACUCGUUGCCUUCUGUCCGCGAGCUGUUCCGCGUUCUGGUUAACUUCCUAGACCCCAAUGACAGGCAUCACACCGAUACCAUGAGAGUUAUGGCGCUCAGGAUUAUUCAUGUCGCGUUCGAGGUAGCUGGGCCGUUCAUUGCCCGACACCCUGCUCUGGCGACGAUUGCCGAGGACAAGCUCUGCUCGUAUCUAUUCCAGCUGGUUCGAUCGGAUAACAUGGCCAUCCUCCAGGAGUCUCUCAUCGUCGCUGGCACGAUGCUUGCUACAUGCCGCGGCGUUUUGAAACUGCAGCAGGAGCUAUUCCUUUCCUACCUAGUGGCUUGCCUACACCCUACUGUUCCUAUUCCCCGUGAUACGGGCAUCGAGGCUUCUCUUUUCGCUGGCAUUCCCGAAACGCCAAAGCUUGUCAAGCCCCCGUCCUCGCAAGCUGGCAGCGGCCGCGCCACACCGGUUCCUAUUAAAGACAGACAAAAGCUUGGUAUGGAGGGCGGCUCGCGGAAGCCCGAUGCUAGACAGGCGAUGGUGGAGAGCAUCGGCGUGCUUUCGCGGAUGCCAACCUUUGUGGCCGAGCUCUUUGUCAACUAUGACUGCGAUGUUGACAGAGCAGAUUUGUGUGAGGACAUGAUUGGCCUCCUCUCCCGUAACGCCUUGCCGGAUUCUGCCACUUGGAGCACUACCAGUGUCCCGCCCCUCUGCCUCGAUGCUCUUCUGAGAUAUAUCCAGUUCGUAGCCGAGAGACUUGACAAGGAUCCCGUGACAGAAGGCUAUACGGAUCCCGCUGUUCUGCGCGAGCAGCGCCGGAGAAAGAGAAUUAUCAUCAAAGGCACGAGCAUGUUCAAUGAGAAGCCUAAAAAUGGCUUGGGAUACCUUGAGGCACAAGGCAUACUCAAGAGCGCGCAAGACCCCGCGGAAGUGGCCGCAUUCUUGAAAGAGACAUCCCGAAUAUCCAAGUCGGUGCUCGGUGAAUAUCUUUCAAAAACAGGAAAUGAAAAGGUCCUCAAAGAAUUCUUGGAUCUCUUUGACUUUUCCGGAAAGCGCCUUGACGAAGGCCUCCGGCUACUCCUGGAAUCUUUCCGUCUCCCCGGCGAAGCGCAGCUCAUUGCCAAUAUUGUCGAGAGCUUCUCUGAAAAAUAUUGCACCUGCGAUACGCCUGAGCAGGUUGCUAACAAGGAUGCCGCCUACGUCUUGAGUUACGCGAUCAUCUUGCUGAAUACUGAUCAGCAUAACCCAACGCUCAAGGCCAACAAGCGCAUGACUGUUGAGGACUUUUCACGAAAUUUGCGUGGCGUUAACGAUGGCAAGAACUUUUCGCCGGAAUACCUUUCCGACAUUUAUGAAUCAAUCAAGUCAAACGAAAUCAUCUUGCCAGACGAGCAUGAUAACCAGCAUGCAUUCGACUACGCUUGGAGAGAAUUGUUGUUGAAGACAGAGUCAGCUGGCAAUCUUGUUGUUUGCGAUACUAAUAUCUACGAUGCCGACAUGUUUGCGGCAACAUGGAGGCCAAUUGUCGCUACGCUUUCAUACGUCUUCAUGUCUGCUAGUGACGAUGCUGUCUUUGCCAGAAUAGUGACUGGCUUCGACGAAUGUGCUCGCAUCGCAGCCAAGUACAACAACGUCGAGGCACUCGACCAAAUUGUCUACUGCCUCAGCUACAUGACGACACUGGCAACAGACACAGCUUUCAACACAGCACUGAACACAGAAGUCCAGGUAGGCGAGACAAGUGUCAUGGUUAGUGAACUGGCCGUCAAGCUUGGCCGUGAUUUCCGUGCGCAGCUGGCUACGCUCGUUCUCUUCCGUGUUGUGACUGGCAAUGAACACAUCAUCAAAAACAGCUGGAAACACGUUGUUCGUAUAUGGGUCAACCUCUUCUCAAACUCCCUGGCAUCCCAAUUUGGGUCGCCGGAUCUCCCCACUCUAGGACUACCUAGCAUUCCUCUCCAAUCGCCAUCGCAGGUUAUUGACCGUGGCGCACGCUCAUCCGAUACUGGCUUCUUUUCUGCCUUCACCUCAUACAUCUCUAGUUACGCUGCUGACGAUCCUCCUGAGCCUUCUGAUGAAGAGCUGGAGAGCACCUUGUGCACAGUGGACUGCAUCAACUCUUGCAAGCUUGAAAAUGUCUUCACAAACGUCGCAAAGCUUCCUAUCGCUACCACAAGAUUGAUUGUCGCUGGCCUCCUGGAGCAGCUCCCCGACGAUGAUAGCGCCACCAUCAUGAGUGUGAAGCAAGACAACAUGCCGAACCCGCCCCCGAUUGUACACCCGGCUGCUUCAGGGCCCUCCAAGUACGAUCCUUCGGUCGCCUAUAUUCUCGAAUUUUCCACGCUUCUGGCCACCAGAGACCCCGAGUCAGUUGAGGAGAUGGCAGAACAGGUGUUCCGUACUUUGCAAGGGAUUCUGCGUCGUGCCUCGCAAUGGCAUGCUAUUACCGUUUCCCGGGCUGUCUUUUAUGCCCUACGCAUACUGAAAGAUGGAUUUGAUCACGAGAUUGUCAACGUUCCAAGAUUGCUGCACACCAUUUCGGGUCUGCCUCGCGAUGUCCUAGCCGGGACUUCGAGUACUAUUCUCAAUGGUUUGGCUGCCUGCACCGAAGAACCGGGGCCGCUGCGAAGUGAAAUGAUGACAUCGCCCGACUUUUGGGCAACGCUGCGCGUCCUCGCCACGAGCCGUGAAUCUGCUGCGCAAGUGUUUGUGAUUCUCGAGAAGGGGACGUCUGGCUCACCCCCAGCCAUCAUGGCAGACAAUUACAUGGCGGCUGUUGCUCUGCUCGACCAGUUUGCCUCAAGCGCAAACCCCCUAGCCUCGUUGGACAAGCAAACAGAGCAAGAAAGGCGUCGACACGACCAACCUCGUCAGAAACCCAAGGCUGACAGCGCGGCAGUUGAGCGUGGCUGUAAAGCCAUCGAUAGCCUCUACAGCAUGACGGCACUCGUGCCGCAGCUUAUCCAGCAGUCGCAGCUGGAAAGUGGCGAAGCAUGGUCUGCAUACUGGCUUCCCAUAUUUCAGUCUCUGAUGCAUCAGUGUGGAAACCCGUGUCGGGAGGUUCGACAGCUGGCAUUUUCUUCGCUGCACCGGUCACUCCUCUCAGCGGAGCUUACCACCAACGAUCCGCAAGAGUGGACGGCCAUAUUCAGCAAAGUCCUGUUUCCGCUCAUUCUUCGCCUGUUAAAGCCCGAGGUCUUCUCGGCCGAUCGUGAGGGUAUGAGCAAGCUGCGAAUACAGGCCACAUCACUGCUGUGCAAGGUUUUCCUGCACUAUUUAACAUUGCUCGCGGAAUGGGACGGGCUGCUUCCACUGUGGACCAAGAUCAUUGAAAUAAUGGAUCGUCUCAUGAAUAGCGGCCAAGGUGACACUUUGGAGGAGGCAGUACGGGAGAACCUCAAGAACGUAAUCCUAUUUAUGGAGAGCAACGGAGUCCUGGUACCCCCCACUGAAGACACUACGAGAAAGGAGAUCUGGGAAGAGACGUGGAAGCGCGUGGACCGAUUCCUGCCGGAUCUACGAGCCGAGAUUGCACCCGUACUCGAUGAACCGGAAGAAAAGCCGACAGUCGGCGCCGACGCAGAACCGGCGUCAACGAGAGCAUCUGUUGAAGAUUCGCAACAGCUGAAGCCAGAAACAGAGGCGGCAGCUGGUCAAGAAGCAACGGAGGCACGCGCAGAAGAGAAAGAGGAAGAGGAAGAAGAAGAAGAGCAGGCAAGUGAAAAAAGGCUAGUCGAAGAGGCGGGUAAAGAGGAGUAA